CUGAAACAAGUGACAGAACUGUUUGCUUGUUUAAAAUCAAGCGUCUGUCAGUGGAGACUUUUUUGUCUGAACAAAAGAAGACGACUUUUAGUAUUUUUGCAAUGUUAUUUGCGUCAAUGGAAAUUGAUGGCCAGACUGACUGGUAUGAUACACUGCAUUCAGACGAACCUGAUAAAUGGCAAGAGGCCUUAAUCUGGAUUAAGAAUGCUGUGAUUGGAAACAAUAAGCAGAAAUCCAAUGCUAUCAACCAUGGUGCUGUACCAAGAUUGUUACAGUGGCUGGUAGAUGAAGAUGCCCCACAACAGAUUAGAACUGAUGCUGCUAUUGUAAUGGGAUCAAUUGCUAAAGGCACUGUGGAUAACAUAAACACCCUGGUCGAGGAAGGCAGUGUUGCUGUUUUACUUAAAGGUUUAAGCAAUCCCAGCUUGCCAUUUGUUGAGGCGUGUUUACGAUGUUUGAGGACUAUUUUCAUCAGCAAUUCAAACUGUGUCAGUUUCAUCUAUCAGGAUCCUACAAUCAUUCCUCACCUAGUGAACAUCAUGCAGCAGUCUGUCUGUACACAGGAAUGUAUCACCAACAUUCUAGCUAACUCGUGCCAGACAACAGAGCAACAGAACAAGUUGUGUAAAAAUCAGAUAGUACCAGUGUUAGUUUCCCUCAUUGCCGGUAAUGUAUAUAAAGUCCAGAUGCCGACGCUGAAAUGUCUAGCUGUGCUGGUGAAAGACAAUGAUGAUACUAGUGACACUGUUGCAAAAGCCACACAUAAUGGAGAACCAUUCCCAAACCUUUUGGUGCAGUUGUUGUACAGAGAUAAAACAUCUGAGAUGCAGAUCUUAGCAGCUAAAGUGCUUGCAUACAUGUGCAGAGGUGGAGCUAUUGAUCCACACGACCCAAAAAUAGCCAUGAAGACGCUGCCUUGUUUGAUCAGAAUGUGUAGUAAGGACCGAACUCUAGAGGAGAAUGUUGAGGGAGCCGAGACGCUCGCAUACCUCCUGGAAGUGGAUGCCACUUUACAGAGGACAGCGUCCAUAUCAGAGCGUAUCAUUAAAACACUGUCAGAAUAUUUGAAAUAUACGGAUGUUCAACAGAUUACUAGAAGUGGGAAGCAGAGUGAUAUACACUGGGGUAAUGAAAUGAAACAAGCAGCAUUUAAAGCAUUUGCAGCCCUUGGUGCUAAUGAAGAAGAUAUUAGAAAACAGAUUAUUGAAACAGAGAAUUUGAUGGACUGUGUGGUAGCAGGUUUGAACAGUAGUGACAUGAAGGUGGCAGCCGCAGCUAUACGGUGUUUACACAGUUUGUCAAGGUCUGUUCAGUUGUUGCGAACAACGUUUCAAGAUCAUGCCGUUUGGAAACCUCUGAUGAAGAUAAUUCAGGAAGGACCAGAAGAGCUUUUACAGGUGUCAACAUCAACACUAUGUAACCUGCUGUUAGAAUUUUCACCUAGUAAAGAGUGUAUACUGGACUGUGGAGCUAUCAAUAUUUUAGUAGGACUGACCAGCAGACCUGAUCCAGGGCUGAGGUUAAAUGGAAUUUGGGGACUUAUGAAUAUGACAUUUCAAGUUGAACAGAAAGUGAAAUCUCAAGUUGUUGAAGCCAUUGGUACAGAACAGUUAUUCAGGCUUCUCUCUGACCCUGAUGCAAACAUUGUUAUGAAGACGCUUGGUUUAUUGCGCAAUCUUUUGUCUAAUAAGCUGCAUAUAGACAACAUUAUGAACAUGUAUGGAAAUCAGAUUAUGCAGGCAGUUAUCUUUAUUCUAGAGGGAGAUCACCCACCACAGGUCAAGGAACAGACACUAUGUAUACUAGCUAAUGUAGCUGACGGGGACCAAGCCAAGGAGUAUAUUAUGGGAAAUGAAGAUGUCCUUAAGAAACUUAUGAACUACAUGUUACAUUUGAACGUGAACCUACAGAUUGCUGCCACCACCUGUAUCUCAAACCUUGUCUGGAACGAAGAAGAAGGUGCUUAUAUAAGACAAGCAAAACUACGAGAGAUGGGAGUUCAGACAUUGCUACAGAAGCUGUUGAGCACCAACGAUUCUGUCCUGUUUGAGAAGGUUAAAACGGCGCUACAACAGUUCACCUGACAAAGAGAGAGCCAUACUGUACUAAUUGUGGAUCUUUCAACCUUUUACGUUUGAUUCCUCAAGAGUUGGAUAUAUUCAAAUGUAGAAGUGAAGAAUGGAGAUGGACAUUGAUACACUGAGUGAAAAACUCUGAACUAACUUUGAAUACAUUUAGAUAUUAGAUCUUAAGAAACUUGCAUUUGUUCUAUUAUACAAUUAUUUGUUUCUCAAAAAAUUUAUGCAGAUGGCUGCUCCCUGUACAAAAAAAAAUAAUACUGUAAAUCCAGUAUUAUUCGCGGUGUUUUAAUUUUCGCUAUUUUUCGCGAAUCGGGUGCAUCGCGAAUUCAUCAAUCUGCGUAAAUUCCCUUCCAUAACAUACAUAAAUAUCCGAAAAAAAUGUCCGUAAUAAGGCCAAGUUCAGCAAUGAAUACUGACCGCCUGUAUACAAUGUUAAUUGAAUGAAUUUCAGUUUAUUUCAAUAAUUCUGAAUAAGUAUAAUAAAAAAAAUCCUCGGAAAUACAUUUCUUGUAGAUCAUACUGCUUAAAGACAUAAUUUACGCAAGGAGCUAAAGUUUGGAUUUACAUGCAGCUGACAGGGUUGUUUCUAACAUGAAAACUUUGUUCAUUUGUUUAACAGAAUACAGAUGUGUCGAACAAGCAGAGCACGUGUUGCCUGAGGGGAUGAUCCAUAUCAUCCUUUAUUUGAUAUUUUUUACCCAUUGUUUAGAUAACAAUAGGGAUUAGCACACAAAUUAUCAAACCAUUAAGUUACAAUUAUCUAUGAAAUGACUGUAACAAACUUUGAAAAAAGCAAUUAUCAUGUGAAUAACUUAACCGAUUACGAAAUAAGUGUUACGGGCCAUGUUUUAACGAGUCCUUGGUGUGCAUGAACUCGGUACGGUAGGGAAAAUUUGGCAUUAAUGUAAUCACAACUUCUGGAAUCGGAAUUUCGCUAAUAUAUGAUAAGAACUUUCGCGAAUUUAAAUUUCUGACCCGCCACCCGCGAAUUCAUAAAUCCGCGAAAUAAUUCAGGGUAAGUGAUUUCGCGAAAUAAAGAUCACGCUAAUAUAAAGUGAUUUACAGUAAGAGAAAAUGUAUGCCUAAUGCUGCUUUUUACACACACAAAAAAUGUGUUAUUUUUAAAAGAUUUUGAGAUAAUUAAAUUUUCUUUUUUCAUCAAAUUCGGUGGAUGAGUGGCUAGAAGUGGUAGACUGUGCAGAGUACUGGUUUUCAUGGACAAAAUGAUAAUCUUAAAAUAUUCACGAGAAUAGUCCAUUUUAUGUGCUAAAAGUCUUUUUUGGGGGGUUGGGGGGAGAGGGGAGGAUGUGAAAGUUUGUAUUUAUGAAUACAUGAUUUUUUUUGUUGAAGUAUUGUAUUAUAUUUGUAUAUGUGAAAGAAAGCGAUUAAAUGUGCUGAUUUAAA